CUGCUGUCGUCUGAAUUUACCGCUUUGUUAAAGUAAUAAAGUAAUAAGCACCAAACAAACACCUGCCACGAAUGAACGAUGAACCCUCUUAUCUUAGGAAAAAAAGCGUUGCGUGCACUUUAUUUCAGCGUUUUAUCACGAGUCGAUCUAGUUGGAGGAGGGAACAGACUGAUUUUGACCUUAUCGCACGCCCCGUGCAAAGUUCCCUCAUUUCCAGGGCGCCCCCGAUUGCAGACUUGCGAUCACCAUCUCUCUCUCGACUCGCCAUGGAGCUCCACGAUGUCCUCCCGGAGAGGUUCGGCUUCGUGAUCUUCACUUUUGUCUACAGCUUGGCUAUGCUCAUGUACCUGGCGGUCAAGGUCGGCGCGGCCAGGAAGAAAUACGACAUUAAGUACCCGACUAUGUACAGCGAGAAGGAACAGAUGUUCAACUGCAUCCAGAGGGCCCAUCAGAACACCUUGGAAGUUUAUCCCCAGUGGCUCAUCUUCCAGACCAUCGCUGGCCUCGUCUACCCGACUUCCGCCUCGGUGCUGGGUGUCAUCUGGGUCACCAGCCGCUUCUCCUACGCCUGGGGUUAUUACACCGGCAAUCCUGCGAGAAGGAUGAAUGGAGCCUAUGGCUAUGUCGGCUUCUUCGGAGUCGUCAUCCUUUCCAUCGCAGUUGCUCUGCAGUUGCUCAGAGUAUUUUAAUUGUUUACACUGAAAACAGCUGUCAGCGCCCUCCAGUGGACAUCAUUUAAUUAUCGCCAUAUGCCAUGCUGGUAUAGAACAUGUCUACUGGUGUAACAAUGAUCUGUCUUUGGAAUGUUUGCAUGGGGGGGGGGCAGAUCCUGGCCAAGUGCCUUUUCCUCUCUGCCUCCUAACUGCCCUCACUCUGUAUCCUUCCUUUAAUCAAAGUCAGAAUGUAGAGUUUAGUCCUGUUUGUCUUGCGUUCUGAGUCUGUAGCGGUAUCUUCCAUCCCAAUCCAGACCUGCCCCCCUGUCUAGUGUAUAAUUAACUUUGAUUGGUUGUGGGAUUCCUUACGCUAAGGUGUAUGGGGAGUAAAGCUUAAUCUCCAAACAUUUGAUGUUUUCUAGGGUGCCAGCCAGUUUAACCCUUUUUAAAUCUGUGGUUUAUGCCCUCGGUGACUGUUUAUGUAUGUGCCUUAGACAUAGAGUGGACCAGCCCUUGGGCGCUCAGUGUGGAGGCCAGGGCCUGCAAAUGUACUGCUGGACCCACCCUGGGGCUCUGCCCUGAGGCUGAACCACUGCUAUGCCUCCUCUGGUUUGCUUGGUGGAACCUGUCAUGCACCAUAUGCUUAAGCAAAUUCUAUCAUAAUUAAAAUGAUUUUUAUGUAAUGUAUAAGUGUUCGAAUAUUGGUCCCAUGCAAUAAAAGUACAAUUUAUAGGUA